AUGGAAAUGCAAGAAAAUAAAAUAAUUAUAAAUCAAAAAAUUUCAUUUAAUAAGUUUGUCAACUUAAAUGGAGAAUCAAAUUAAAUAUAAUUAAACACUAGUUUGAACACUCUCUUUUUGAUCUAAACUUAGAUUUAAAGAAGAGGAUAACUAUUAAACAGUUAUACUAAAAUCUUAUAUCCUUACUUAAAAAGAUUAUUCAGUGAAUCAGUAUACUACAAGAAUUAAAAUUAAGAUUAAUCCUAUUAAAAGAUUCUUUAGCACCUCUAAACCUUUUAUUUAAAGUAGGAAACAUAUUUUUCAGAAUAAAUUCAAUUUACAAAUUAUAAUUACAUUAAAAACAAUUUGAUUUCUGAAUAUAAAUAAGUAUAAUUUUAAUAGGUAUUAAUUUAUAAAGUUAUAAUAUGUGAUAAUUAUGACAUAAUAUUUAGUCAUAUAAAUAAUUUGUUAAAUUCUAUAAAUAAUUAUUUGUAUCAAUUUUGUGAUAAUUAACAAAUUUAUAAUUUUUAGUAUUAUUAUAUUUAAAUGAGUUAAAGCACUAGAACCAGGUAUUAAUACAAUUAAUGAAAACAUAGAGCCAAUAGCCAAUAGAGUUAGAUUUCUAAAAAAAGCAUUAGAAAAUAUAGUUCUGAUUACUAUGAGUCAGAUGCAUCUGAUUCAGAACCUAUGAUGAAGAAGAGAAUUGUAAAAAUAUGGACACCAGAGGAAGAUGAAAUGCUUUAGAAUUUUUAUGAUAAAUUUAAUGGAAAUUGGACAUAAGUAUCCUAAGCUAUACCUGGAAGAAAUCAAUCUUAGUGUUCAUAAAGAUGGAAAAGAAUAAAUCCGAAUAGAGUAUCUUAAGCAUUGUAUAAAGAUUAAAAUAAGAAAACCAUGGACAGAAGAAGAGGAUAGGCAAGUUUUACGUUUGAUUUAAAAGUUUGGGAAAAAUUGGAAGAGAAUAGAAAACGAAAUGAAUGGGAGAACAGGGAAACAGAUAAGAGAAAGAUUUAUCAAUAAAUUAGACAAAGCAAUCAAUCAUGAUCCGUAUGAUAAGAAGGAAGAUGAAGAUAUCUAUUAAUUGUAUAUAAGUUUGGGUCCUAAAUGGAGUGAAAUAUCUAAGAAAUUAAAAGGAAGAUCAGUAAUCAUUUAAAUUAAAUAAUAUAGGAAAAUUCUGUAAAGAAUCGGUUUUAUUCUCAUAUAAAGAAAUACUAUAAUAUUUAAACAAAGGAAUCUGAUUCAGAUAGUAAGGUGAUGACUCCUCAAUAGUAAUAAAAUAAAUCUGAUUUUACAGGAUAAGAGUAUCUCAGAGAAUAAAUAUAAAAGGAAGAUAAAUAAUUAGAUACUAUACAGAGUUAGUUUGAGUAAGAAAACUCAAUAAACAAUUUAUAAUAAUUCAAUCAUUACAUUUAAAUCUCCUAUAAUGGAUUUGGUAAAGGAGGUAAAUGAAAAUAUGAUAAAUUACAUAGAUUCUCUAAAUUCUAAUGGAGACUUUUUGUAAUUAGCACAUUAGAUGAGUUUAGAAUAGAAACAACUUUAUGGAAUCGAGAAUUCUCAUUCUGGAUCCAAUAUAUUCCAAGAUGUCUAACUACCUUUUCAAGAUUUAUUAGAAGAACAAGGAGAAUAAUUAUAAAUAUAGAAGAAAUUAUCAACUAAUCAAUAUUUAAGAACAGAGAGUGAUAUAAUUAAUUAAGAUAUAUAAUUACAAUCUUAAUUUAGUAAAUUGAGUAUGGAAUAAGAAUGA